UCAGAGGGUUGGUUGGGAUAAUUCAGACAUGGCGUGGAGGGGCUGUUUCUUAUGUUGGAGUAAGGGGGAUAUCCUAACUUUAUCUUACCGAGGAAGCAGGGCCGCCUUCCUGACGCAGCAGCGGCGCGGCUUCCGCAGAGCCUCGAAGAAGACCGAAACGAAGCCGGUGGAGGCCGAGGAUGCGGGGCGCAGGCAGCCGGUUUCCAGCGACACAGCGGUCCAGAAAAAGGGGUUGGCCCCGCACUCGGAACCCCCGGCCCCCGCAGCCGCCCGGUCCUUCACCAGGCUUUUCAAGCCCAUGGUGUUCACCUUAGGGUUUACAGGCUGCUCCUUCGCUACGGCGGCGAUCUGGCAGUACGAGUCCCUGAAGUCCAGAGUCCAGAGCUACUUCAAUGAAGUCCGGGCGGACUGGCUCGAGAGGAUCCGCCCGCAGAAGCAGGGAGAUAUCCGGAAACAGGUGAACCAGUGGUGGAACAGCCUGAGUGAGGGGCAGAGGACAGUCACAGGGAUUAUCGCUGCUAACGCACUCGUGUUCUGUUUAUGGAGAGUGCCUUCCAUGCAACGGACCAUGAUGAAAUACUUCACCUCCAGUCCUGCUUCCAAGGCUGUGUGCGCCCCGAUGAUCCUCUCCACCUUCAGCCAUUACUCCCUGUUCCACAUGGCCGCCAACAUGUACGUGCUGUGGAGCUUCUCCUCCAGCGUCGUCUCCCUGCUGGGCCGCGAGCAGUUCAUGGCUGUGUACCUUUCCGCAGGUGUGAUUUCAACAUUCGUAAGCUAUGUAUGCAAAACAGCCAUGGGUAGACUAGGCCCCUCGCUCGGAGCUUCUGGCGCCAUCAUGACCGUCCUGGCUGCGGUCUGCACGAAGAUGCCUGAGGCCAAGCUGGCCAUCAUCUUCCUGCCCAUGUUCACCUUCACAGCUGGCAGUGCUUUGAAAGCAAUCGUCGCCAUGGACACGGCUGGCCUCAUUCUGGGAUGGAGGUUCUUUGACCACGCCGCUCAUUUAGGGGGAGCCCUGUUCGGAAUCUGGUACGUCUUCUACGGGCACGAGCUGAUCUGGAAGAACCGGGAGCCCCUGGUGAAGAUCUGGCACGAGAUGAGGACUCGCGGCCCUGGAGGAGGAGGGGGCGCCUCCCCCUAGGCAGCAGGCUGUGUCGGGGUCUGUGAAGAGCUGCUCUCAGGCCUCGUGGACGUCAGAUCACCUGGACCCGCAGCACAGGCUCUACUGCGGAUCUGCACAGGCUCUACUGCGGAUCCGCACAGACGAGAGACAGGCUCCUGCUGCUGCAUAGUGAUUGUUCACAUAUAGGGAAGACCCUGCAUUCUUUCGUUUACGGACAGAUCUCAUCAAGAUCAUCUCAAAUUUGGAGAAAGCAAGAGUUUUUGCAAUGACUGCCCUAAAUCAUGGCUCAGUCAGGCUCCUUCUGUAUUGGUAAUACUCAGCUGCUUGAUGUUUUCUUAAUAUUGUCAGGGGGAGGUAAGGAGGAGUCACCUGAUCUGAGCAAAGCAUCAACUUUGUCACCUGGCAGUUGACAUUCACCUCCCAUUGGGCAGGUGAUGAAGGCUUGCAGGUCAUCUCCCACAUUUCCCAUUAGGCCUUCUCCCCUGUUUCGGCCGAUACUGCUAUAUAUGCAAUACAGAGUAACUGAACUGGUAAGGGGCGAAGGUUUUUAAACUACUUUACGCUUGUGGUAAAACUUGGGAUAAUGAUAGCAUCUGUUCAUGAAUUUAAUUUAUACAUUUAAACAUUGAAAUUAAUUAAACCUAAAUGCGUUACUUGAGAAAACAAAA